AUGAGGGCCUUCAAUCCUGCCGCUGGUCGCGCACAUCGACUCGCGCCGGCCCAGCUCUUACACGUUGCUAGACCGUCGGCUUCGCGGCCUCUGACUGGCCCAGCUCGUGUAAGAUGGCUGGCCGCAGUCGCAAACGAUGGUGCCGCCACAUCCAAACAGUCGCUAGCUCUCCCCUCACAAGCCCGAUACAACGAAAUCGGUGUGCAGCAGCUUAGCGCCCAUGUCUUCAACCAAAUCUUCCCCGAUGGAUCUAAACCUACCCCUCAACACCUUGUCCAGCUCUCCAAGGACCACCUCACACGACACGACCUCUAUGGCAAAAACUCCGACACAUCAGCUCCCAUCGCCUUUGACCUUCCCCAGCUCCAAGGUCGCACUCUUGACGAACACUUUUAUAAGCUUGGCAUGGACUGUGCCGAGCCUCACCUGUCCAAUGCCAAAAAGUUUGCGCGCGCCAGCGUUCCUCCAAAGCCCAGGAAAUGGGUGCGCCGGAGCGGCUGGACAAAGUACUAUCCCGACGGCCGCUCCGAGCAGGUUGACGCCCCCAAUGAGGAGAUGAUUUGCUUUGAUACCGAAUCCAUGUGGAAAGAAAGCCCAUUCUCCGUCAUGGCAUGCGCCGCCAGCCCUACUGCUUGGUAUGCAUGGAUCUCGCCGUGGUUGCUGGGAGAAUCCGACAGCCAUACCCAUCUUAUUCCUCUUGGUGAUGCCACCGUCGACCGCCUUGUAGUUGGCCACAAUGUUGGAUAUGACCGUGCUCGAACUCUUGAAGAAUACGACCUAAAGCAGUCGCGCACCGCCUUUAUCGAUACCAUGUCUCUCCAUGUUGCGGUAAACGGCAUGUGCUCACAGCAACGCCCAACAUGGAUGAAGCACAAGAAGAACAGAGAGAUGCGUGAGCGCGUUGCUACCGAGACCCCCGAUAACCAGCUUGCCGAAAUGCUCAGCAAUAGAAGCAUGCAUGAAGAGGAGGAGCUCUGGGUCGAACGAAGCUCCGUCAAUUCUCUGCGCGAUGUCGCCAAGUUUCAUCUCAACGUCACCAUUGACAAGACAGAUCGCGACUACUUUUCCGACCUUAACCGAGACGAAAUCGUAGCCAAGCUCGACCAACUGCUUGACUACUGUGCCGCCGAUGUCGCCAUUACCCAUCGCAUAUACCAAAUUAUCCUCCCUAGCUUCCUGGAAACAUGCCCACACCCAGUUAGCUUUGCCGCCCUCCGCCAUCUAGCAUCAGUUAUCCUACCCGUCAACAAGGAAUGGCAAAAAUAUAUUACGAAUGCUGAAGCAGUCUACCAAAAGCUCAACGAGGCCGUCCAGGAGCGACUUGUUGCACUCGCAGAAAAGGCUGUUGAGAUUAAAGACGACGAAGCGAAAUGGAGCACGGAUCCCUGGAUGAAGCAGCUGGACUGGUCCGGACAGGAGAUUCGCAUGGUUAAGGGCAAGAAGAAGGGUGACCCUCCUCGACCGGCCGCUCGUCAAAAGAAGCCUGGCAUGCCACAGUGGUACAAGGACCUAUUCCCGAAAAACGACUCUCCCAUAAACAUUACGGUGCGUACACGCAUUGCACCGUUGCUGCUCAGGCUGGCCUGGGAUGGCAACCCGCUGUUCUGGUCCGACAAGUACGGCUGGACGUUUAGAACAGAACGUGCAAACAGAGAAAAAUAUCUCUCCAAGCAGAUGAUUGCAUGCGAGUUUGACGAGACGGAUUCGAAAUUACGAGACGAUUAUCAGCACCUGUACUUCAAGCUUCCCCACAAGGAUGGACCGACAUCUCGCUGCGCCAACCCAAUGGCCAAGGGCUACCUCUCGUAUUUCGAAAACGGCACCCUUUCCUCAGAGUAUUCCUAUGCAAAGGAGGCCCUGGAAAUGAAUGCGUCGUGUUCGUACUGGAUUAGCGCGCGAGACAGAAUCACAUCGCAACUUGUCGUCCACGAAACAGACCUGCCCAGCUCUCAACGCAACGGAAACCCCAAGGACGAACCAGGAUUUAUUCUACCACAGCUCAUUCCUAUGGGAACAAUUACGCGACGCGCGGUAGAAAACACAUGGCUGACGGCCAGCAACGCUAAGAAGAACCGCGUGGGCUCGGAGCUCAAGGCCAUGGUCCAAGCACCUGAAGGCUACUGCUUUGUGGGAGCCGAUGUGGAUUCACAGGAGCUCUGGAUUGCCAGUCUCGUAGGCGACGCAACAUUUAAGCUGCAUGGCGGCAACGCUGUGGGCUUUAUGACGCUAGAAGGAACCAAGGCAGCGGGCACUGAUCUGCACUCGCGCACGGCGUCGAUCCUCGGCAUCACCAGAAACGACGCCAAGGUGUUCAACUAUGGCCGCAUCUACGGAGCUGGUCUCAAGUUUGCGGCGACCCUACUGCGGCAGUUUAACCCAGAGCUGUCAGAGAAGAAGACGCUUGAAGUAGCCUCUAAGCUCUACGGCAGCACAAAGGGUACCAAGACAAACCGCAAGACCAUCCACAAGCGCCCCUUUUGGCGUGGUGGUACCGAAUCGUUUGUGUUUAACAAGCUGGAGGAGUUUGCCGAGCAGGAGCGCCCACGAACACCCGUCUUGGGAGCUGGUAUCACGGAAGCGCUCAUGGGCCGGUUCCUCAACAAGGGAAGCUACCUGACGUCGCGCAUUAACUGGGCCAUCCAGUCAUCGGGUGUCGACUACUUGCAUCUGUUGAUUGUGUCGAUGGAUUACCUGGCCCGCCGCUUCAACAUUGACAUGCGCCUGUCCAUUACAGUGCACGAUGAGAUUCGCUACCUUGUUAAGAACGAGGACAAGUACCGCGCCGCCAUGGCACUACAGGUAGCCAACGUCUGGACACGCGCUAUGUUUGCCCAGCAGAUGGGCAUUGACGACCUGCCGCAAUCGUGCGCGUACUUUUCUGCCAUUGAUAUCGACCACGUUCUGCGUAAGGAAGUCGACAUGGAGUGCAUCACGCCAAGCCACCCCAAUGCGAUCCCACCCGGUGAGAGCUUGGAUAUUAAUUUGUUGCUCUCCAAGGGCGUGGAAGCACAGCUGGAUGACUCGAUUGUCCCUGCGAAGCACGCACCACAGUUGGACAAGAUUGAGUACACGCCGCGGGUGCCCGUCAUGCAGUCUAUCCAGGAAGAGUCUGGCGACAGUAUCAAUGUGCUCAAGGCACAAAUUGUCAGCACUGACGCUGAGCUUAAGGAACUCAUCAACAGUGUCAAGAAGACGGAGCCGCCCAAGGCUAAGCCGGUGUCAUUGAACAAGGUGUUACCUUAUAGAGCACACCCUAAGCUGGUGCCUAUGGAAGAGCCGAUUUCUGUAUCGGAGGCCAUGGCAGGCAACUUCAAGGAGAAGGGCAAGUGGUCGUGGACGAGAAACCCGAGCAAGCCUAGCAGGCCCGCGUCUCGCAUUUAG